AAAGCCCGUAGGCGAUGGGCGUGAGUUUAAUAUGAGUAUAUAAGCAUAUACAUUUGGUUCUAAAAUUAUUCCUUCGACAGCAACGGAUCUGAGAAACAUGUACUCCAAGGUGAUAGUCUUCCUAUGCGCUGCGGGCAUUGCGACCGCUGGCAACUUGCUCCAUGCCCCUCUCGCUUACACCGCUCCAGUCUCUUCUGUAUCCUACUCUUCCCAGACAACAUCCCAUGCUGCGCCAGCAUUAAGCUAUUCUAGCCCAGUUCUCGCUAAGACGUAUAAUGCACCUGCUUACACUACCUACCAAGCACCUGCAUACGCCACCUACAGCGCUGCCCCAGCCUACUCAACCUACCAUGCUGCUCCCGUUGCCAAGGUUCUCUCCCCGGCUGUGUCCUACUCUUCUGUAUCUCAAUACGCUCCAUCUGUGUCAACCUACGCCGCUGCCGCUCCUGCCGUUUACGCCGCCGCUCCUGCCUACUCUACCUACCACACUGCUCCCGUAGCAACUGUUGCCAAGACUCUGUCUCCAGCCGUGUCAUACUCAUCUGUGUCACACUCUAAGACUGUGUCUACCCCAGCAGUCGCAACCUACGCCGCUGCCGCUCCUGCCGUUUACGCCGCUGCUCCUGCAUAUUCUACCUACCACGCUGCGCCCGUAGCAACCGUAACGAAGACCUUGUCCCCAGCUGUGUCGUAUUCAUCUGUAUCUGCUCCCGCUGUAGCAACUUACGCUGCCGCCGCUCCAGCACUCUACGCGUCUCCAGCCGUAGCUACUUACCACGCUGCCCCCGUGGUGACCAAGACAAUCGCCACUCCCGUUGCCUACCAUGCUGCUCCCAUUGUCAAAUCUGCCAUCACAUACUCAGCUGCCCCAGCUGUGUCCCACGUCUCAUAUGCUGGUUUAGGAGCACAGUAUGGCUGGUAAAAAUCAUUUAUCAAGCAGUGUUGUUACGUGUUUGUUGUAAAAUACUUAAAUUGUACAAAGUAGAAUAUAUUAAAAGUAUGAGAAUAUA